AUGAUUCAUAAUCUACUUACUAAGAGAACGGCUGGAAGUCUUUCAAAUGGUGUAGGAGUGAUAGGUACCCGAGGGCUAGUGAUCAAAAGCGCCACCAGAAAUUUAAGAUACCCAUUGAAGCCUACACUUCAUGGUAAUUUGAACAAAAGAACCGUUAAUGUACCUUUGGUAGCAUCUUUUAUUAGAUGUCAAUCAAAUAUAUCGAAUAAUGAUAAAGCUGACGAACUUGCUAAAUCCGACGGAUCCAAGCCGGCUACUGAGGUUACUAAGGUUGACGAGAAGAGUAAAAAAUCUCUAUGGGAAAAAGUCAAGCACGAAGCUCAGCAUUAUUGGGAUGGAACCAAGUUGUUAGGUUAUGAAGUGAAAGUGUCAACUAAAUUGUUGUUCAAGAUGGCAUUAGGUUACGGAUUGUCACGUAGAGAAGCAAACCAGUUACAACGUACCAUUGUAGAUGUGAUGAGAUUAGUACCAUUCUCGAUGUUCCUUAUUAUUCCAUUUGCAGAGUUAUUAUUACCUAUUGCUUUAAAGAUCUUCCCAAACUUGUUGCCUUCCACAUACGAGUCAAAACAAGACCGUAAGAAGAAGAGAGCAAAAUUGUCCAAAACUAGAGUGUCGACUUCUGAAUACAUCAAAAGAACUAUGGAAGAAUCUGGUUUAAAAUUGUCCAAGAAAAUUACUGAAGAAGAAAAAGAGGCCUUCGUUUCUUUUUUCCAUACUAUUUCAAUGGGUAAGAACCCAACCAGAGAACAUUUGAUUCAAGUAGCUCGUAUGUUCAGGAACGAUCAAGUUUUGGAUAAUUUAUCUCGUCCUCAGUUGGUUGCCAUGUCCAAAUAUAUGUCCUUAAGACCAUUUGGCACUGAUUCUAUUUUACGUUAUCAAAUUAGACAUCGUUUGUUAACAAUUAUUAAAGAUGAUAAGGCAAUUGACUACGAAGGGGUUGAGUCAUUAAGUACUCUCGAAUUACAAAUGGCUUGUUCUCAAAGAGGUAUCAAAACUACUGAUGUUUCUCCUGCAAAACUAAGAGAUGAUUUAGCAACAUGGUUGGAUUUAAGAUUAAGACAAAAGAUUCCUUCUACCUUGUUAAUUUUAUCUUCAACUUAUACAUAUGGUGAUGGUUCGCAUGGUCUUGAAACGUAUUAUGAUGCAUUGUUAGCGGUAUUGUCUUCCAUUCCAGAUGAAGUUUAUAACGUUGCUAAAUUGGAAUUAUCUGACGACUCUAAGUUGAAGUUGAACAUCUUGAAGGAACAAGAUGAAUUAAUUAACGAAGAAAACUUGAGAGAAAAGGAUACUGUAAAUAAAGUCAAGGAUAACAUCAAUUUGGAUGAAUACGAAGAUACUGCUACUGAAGGUAUGAAGAUUGAUAAUGAAGAAGCGGAUCCUGAAAAAAAGAAUGUUGAAAAAAUUGAAAAAGAGAAGGACGAGGAAAAAACUGAAAACGCAUCCACUAGCAAUGAAACCUCAGGUAAGAAGAACUAA